CUGAUUUUAAACCAGGCUGACCAGAAAGCACUUUGCCAAGUCUCCUCAUAUCAUUUCUUUUUUUUCAGUCAUUAUCAAUAUGAGCUUGAAGUUGGAGUUUAUAAUUUUAAGCUGACUUUAAUUUUUGAAUUUAAGAAAUCAGGAAUAAUACCCAAUCAGAAUACCGGUUACCGUAUGCCAGGAAGGAGACCAUGGUCAAGCGAGUUGCCAUAAUUGGAGCUGGUGUGAGCGGCCUGACAUCUGUCAAAAGUUGUUUAGAAGAGGGCCUGGAGCCUACCUGCUUUGAGAGAAGUGAUGACAUUGGAGGAUUGUGGAAGUUUACUGAAACUACUGGACAUGGGAUGACCAAAGUCUAUAAAUCUGUAGUGACCAAUAUCACCAAGGAGAUGUCAUGUUACAGUGACUUCCCUUUCCAAGAAGAUUUUCCCAACUACAUGAAGCACUCUAUGGUGAUGGAAUAUCUUUAUUCCUAUGCUAAACACUUUGACCUUCUCAGAUACAUUCAUUUAAAGACCACGGUGAGCAGCGUGACAAAGCGCCAAGACUUUGCUGCCACUGGCCAGUGGGAUGUGGUGACAGAGACAGAAGGAAAGAAAAACACAGCUGUCUUUGAUGCAGUAAUGAUCUGCACAGGGCAUUACCUGAAUCCCCGCUUGCCUUUGGAGUCCUUUCCUGGAAUCAACAAAUUUCAAGGUCAGAUCCUACACAGUCAGGAAUACAGGCGUCCAGAAGGUUUUCAGGGCAAACGGGUCAUUGUGAUUGGUCUUGGGAAUACUGGUGGUGAUAUUGCUGUGGAGCUCAGUCGUGUGGCAGAAAAAGUGUUUCUCAGUACUAGAAGUGGUGCCUGGGUUGAUAGCCGUAUCUCUGAUGAUGGCUACCCCACUCAUAUGAUUCAGACAACAAGAUUUCGUCAUCUGGUUCAAUGUUCUCUACCUUCAGCAUUCAUGACUUGGAUGGGGAAGAAGCGCAUGAACAAAUGGUUUAACCAUAAGAAUUAUGGAUUAAGUAGUCCUAAGGGGAGGCAACAAAAGAGAGUUGCAAAUGAUGAAUUGCCCAGCUAUAUCCUAUGUGGUGCUGUCACUAUGAAAAUUAAUGUGAAAGAGUUUACAGAAACAUCUGCCAUCUUUGAAGAUGGGACUGUGGAGGAGAAUAUCGAUACUGUGUUCUUUGCUACAGGAUAUACAUACUCUCUUCCCUUCCUUGAAGAAUCUAUGGAAAAAUUCUGUAGAAACAAGAUCUUCAUGUACAAAUAUAUAUUUCCCUCUAACCUGGAGAAGGCAACUAUGGCUCUCAUUGGCCAUGUUGGUUUGCAAGGCUCCAUCAUAGUAGGCACAGAACUUCAGGCCCGAUGGGCCACGAGAGUAUUCAGAGGACUGUGUAAGAUCCCUCCAUCAAGCAAAAUGAUGGCUGAGGCUACUAAGAAGGAACAACUCAUAAAAAGGGGUGUUAUUAAGGAUCCCACCCAGGGGAAACAGGACUAUAUUACCUAUCUGGAUGAACUUGCGACAUGCAUAGGAGCAAAGCCCAACCUCUUGCUCCUGUUUCUUAAGGAUCCCAGGCUUGCAAAAGAAGUUUUCUUUGGUCCCUGCACAUCUUACCAAUACCGUCUGGUGGGCCCUGGGAAAUGGGAUGGAGCCAGAAAGGCUAUCAUGACUCAAUGGGACCGGACGCUCAAACCCCUACAAACUCGAGUCAUUCCUCAUUAUUCUGAGCCUACCUCAAUAUCAUAUUGGCUGAAGGUCUGGGGGGCACCUGUUCUAUUUGUUGCUGUUCUACUUGCUUAUAAAUCUUCACUUCAUCUGGGAUUGACUGGGGUCACAGAAGUAGGAGAAAGGAUUUCUACUUACCUGGCUAGUACUAUGAGAAAAUGAAUGCAAUUAGAUCAGUUAGACUACUAUGGAACAGUGACACACUGACUACUACCACCACCACCACCACCACCACCACCUCCCUGUCUGCUGGAUAAAUUAGUUCAAGUUAAUUAUUAUAAAUAUUAAUGCCUGCCAAGGGCCAGACAUUGUGCUAAAUAUUAGAGAUACAAAAAAAGGCCAAAAAAGUCAUUUAUUUCAAGAAGCUCAGAUUAAAAUCAGAGGAGACAACAUGCAAACAACUAUAUACAAACAAGAUAUGGAUAGGAUAAGUUGGAGGUAAUUUUAGAGAGAAGAAAUUAGCAUUAGGAGAGAUCAUGAAAGUCUUCUUGAAGAAGGUAAGAUUUUAGCUGGGACCUGAAGGAAGCUUAAGAAGCCAGAAGGUGUAGAUGAGAAAGAGUUCCAGGAAUGGGGGAGAGGCAAUAAAGAAUACAGAAUUAGGAGAUGGAGUGUUGUGUGUUGUGUGUAAGCAGCAAGGAUCAUAAAAUAUGUGCAGAAGAAAGAGACUGUAAGAAGAUUGUAAAACAUAGAAAGGGGUCUGGUUAUAAAAGGCUUUAAAAGCCAAAUAGAGGACUUUAUAUUUUAUCCUUGAGGUAAUAGAGAGCCACUGGAAGUAACUAAAUGGGGGGAGGUGGAGAGACAAAGAGGAGACUGACAUAUCAUACCCAAAUAUAAGAUGAAUUUAACAGCUAAGUGGAGAAUGUCCUGGAGUGGGAAGAGACUUAAGACAAGAAGAACAAUUAAAGGACUAUUGCAGUAAUCCAGGUGGAAGGGGGUGAAGGCUUGCACCAGGGUGGAUGAUAAUGUCAGAGGAGAGAAGGCAUACACGAGAGAUGUUGCAUGAAGGAAGAAUCAACAGACUGAAUGGAUAUGAGGGAGAAAGUGAGGAGUCAAGGAUGGCCCAUCAGUUGGGAGCCUAGGUAACUGGCAUGAUGUUUGAACCCUUGACAAUAAUAGGAAAGUUGGGGAAAAGGAGAGGAUUUGAAGGGAAAGAUGAUGAGUUCUGAGACACCCAAUUUCUAACACAUUUAUUUGUCUCAUCAUCAGCUUUCUUAUAAACAGAUAAUUGGCACCCAAUUCUGGGGAUAAAUGUUAACAUAAUCCAAGAUUAGAUAGCCAUUGACUUUAGCAAUCUAUCAAAAAUCUAAGAAUAUUCCCUACCAUUAAACCUGUAGAACACCUGGCACCUUAAAAAAAUUGUCUUGAGCUUUUCCUUUUGGCCUUUAUUUAUUUCCUUUUGGCCUGAUUAUAAAGAGCUACAUUUUCUCUAACAGGUUCACUGUGCAGACCUCGUUUUAAUUCUCAACAGGUUAAAACCAUACUGAAAGGUCUCACCUAUCUGCUAUUGUAGGUACCUACACCUAUUGUGGCAAGCAAUAGCACAUCAUCACUCCAUAAUACAGUAAAUGUCUGUGAACCAAAGCUCACAGAGAUUGGUUCAAUUCAGUUCAAUAAAUAUUUAUCAAAAAUGCUCUGUACUAGGUGCUGGGGAUAUA